AUGGCACCUUUUACAUCUGAAGAAGAUGGCGAGAAGCUAAAAACGUAUUUAAGGAAGAUUUCCGUAAGCAUUUCUUGGGUGUUAGCUGUAUUUUUAUUUCUUUUUAGGAGUAUUCAUCAACAAUUGUGUCAGGAAUUUCAAGGGGAGAAUGUGGGCCUAACUGUGCAGUCUUCAUUAUCAGCUAAAGAGCGCCACCUUGCUGCAAUUGCUGGCGCACUGUGGAAAAACUUCUUUUCAUUCUUGAAGAGUCAGAGAAUGUCGCAGAUUGUGCCUCUCUCACAACUUGCAGAUGCAGCUGCAGAUUUUACUUUCCUGGCCAUGGACAUGCCAAGCACCGCCCCGUCAGAUCUUCAGCCUCAGCCAGUUAUAUCAAUAAUUCAACUCUUUGGUUGGGAUGAUAUCAUCUGUCCCCAAGUUGUAGCAAGAUAUUUAAGUCAUUUACUACAAAAUAGCACAUUAUGUGAAGUGUUUUCUCGUUCAGGCUACGUAUCUUUUCAAUCUUUAACUGUAAGAUCAUGGAUCCGUUGUGUUUUGCAAAUGUAUGUAAAAAACAUCUCUGAGCCUGGUGAUUUGUUCAGUGAUACAAAUCCUGAACAGGCAGUUGAAAAAGAGUAUAUGAAACAGUUGACUGAACUGACAAGGUUACUAUUUAAACUCUCAGAAGUAAAGACCAUUUUCUCAAAGGCUCAAGUUGAAUAUUUGCCUGUCCCAGAAGAUCCUAAAAAGGCACUUGCUCAAUUCCUUGAGGCUGUUGGUAUGACUUACAGGAAUCUUCAGACACUUUCUGAUAAAUCUGCCAUGGUAACCAAGUCAUUAGAAUUCCUUGGUGAAGUAUUAAAAUACAUAAAACCCUAUUUGGGAAAAAAAAUUUCCAAUGCAGGGCUGCGGCUGGCUUAUGAGAUGAUGGGAAUUCUUGUGAAAUCAUGGGCACAAAUCUUUGCCACUUCUAAAGCCCAGAAAUUACUAUUUAGAAUUAUAGAUUGUCUACUGCUGCCACAUGCAGUAUUACAGCAAGAGAAGGAGUUACCUGUACCUAUGUUGACUGCAAUUCAGAAGAGUCUUCCUUUGUAUCUCCAGGGCAUGUGUGUCGUAUGCUGUCAGUCUCAAAAUCCAAGUGCCUAUUUGAAUCAAUUGCUAGGGAAUGUUAUUGAGCAGUAUAUUGGACGGUUUCUUCCAGCUUCACCAUGUGUUGUAGGACUUGGACAUCAUCCUGUAUUGUUGGCACUGAGAAACUCAGCCACUGUCCCACCGAUAUCAUCUCUCAAGAAACACAUUGUACAAGUCAUAAGGAAAUCCUACUUUGAAUUUAAAGGGUCCUCACCCCCUCCUCGCUUAGCAUCCACGUUGGCCUUCAUCCUCCAGCUCUUCAAAGAAACUAAGAGAGAUGUUUGUGAGGUUGAACUCCUCCUCCUCCCUGGCAUCUUAAAAUGUUUGGUGUUGGUCAGUGAACCCCAAGUUAAGAAGCUGGCCACAGAGAACCUGCAAUACAUGGUUAAAACCUGCCAAGUGGGGUCAGAAGGAGAACCUGCUGCCCAGCUGACUUCUGUGUUUAGGCAGUUUAUCCAGGAUUAUGGUAUGACCUACAGUUACCAAGUUUAUAGCAUUUUAGAGACAGUAGCAACACAGAACCAGCAGGUUGUCAUCCAUCUGAUUUCUGUCCUCACUCAAUCUCUGAAAGAUUCAGAGCUGAAAUGGGGCCUUGGCAGAAAUAUUGCACAAAGGGAAGCAUAUAGUAAACUUUUAUCUCACCUCGGACAGGUGGGACAAGAUGAGAAGCAGAGACUGGAAGAUAACAAUAUAUAA